AUCGUUUCAAAUAUAACCGAUGUUUAGUUGUACCUAAUACAUAGUACAGUUUUAAUCGUUAUCGUGUCUCGUGUCUCGUGUCUCUUGUAAUUAGAAAAUUGUUUAUCAUAUAUUUUAUAACAUUAACUUAUUAUUUGACAAAAUGGAUCCAGCGUUACCGUCGCCAUCAUCAUCAGCACAUAUUACACGAACGAACCAAGAAUCUUGGACGGAUGAAGAGGAUAUGUUUUUAUUCAUCCUUAUAAAGAAUCGUUUCGAAAUAAUCAACCCUACAUCCAGUGCAGAAACGAAGGCAGAAUUAUGGAUAGAAGUGGAAGAACGUUUAAACAAAAAAUACAAAAAAAAGAGAGACAUAAAUUGCGUUAAGGAACGUUGGGAAAAGUUGAAGAGUUUGGCAAAACUCGAUGUUUAUACGUUCCUAUCGAAGAUCAAAAAAAAGUUACCACGUAACACGAGCUAUCGUCCAUCGAAUUUCAAUCUGCAAAUUUGGAAAUUGUUAAAGCCCCAUAAAAUAAAGGAGGGGGAGUCCGAUGAUACGAACGAGUAUACCAAAUACAUAUCCAGUUUCGAAUUUCCCGAUGAGAUUAAUACAUUAUUGGACAAUUUAAUAAGAAUGAGCGAUAUCGUGUUCGAUCCAAAUUUUUCUAGUUCGUCUUCCUCCAAUAUAUCAGAAAGAAGUCGUAGCCUAAGUCCUCCAAGAACGAUGUCCCCUGUAGUUUAUACAUCGUAUAGAUCUAGAUCGGUCCAACCUGCGGUCAAUAGUUAUAUCACAUACGAAGAUUUGACACUAUUAUCCGAUGAAGAAAACGAAGCACGUAGAAUUUCGAGAAUGGAAACAAGAAGAUCACUGUUAUCAGAUCUAAGAUCAUUGUCGAUCGAUCAAGUACCAGAAAGAUUAUUAACAAUGAAUACAUCAUGGGAGUCAAAUCUACGUAAUGUAUCAUCGUUUUAUCCCAACGAUAGAUGGGUAAGAUUAAUAAAAUCUGGUCUAAGGAGAGAAGAUCCUACAGGAGCGACCGAUGAAAAAGAAAUGUAUCGACCAGAGACAUCGAGGACCGAACCAUCGAGGACUGCACCAUCGAGCAGCCAACAACCGAGGGCCGAACCAUCGAGUAUCGAACCAUCAGGGGCCGGACCAUCGAGAACCGAAUCAUCAAGGACCGAACCUUCGAGGACGGAAUCAUCGAGGACUGAACCAUCGAGAAUCGAACCAUCGAGAAUCGAACCAUCGAAUAUCGAACCAUCGAAAGCUGAAUCAUCAAGGGCCGAACCAUCGAGGACCGAACCAUCGAGGGCCGAACCAAUGAGGGUCAAACUAGUAAAGGCCAAAGCAAUCGAACUUUCUUCACAUGAUGAUGCAUCGGCUCACCUGAAAGAAUUUAAUAUAGGAACGUCUGACGAUAGUAACGAAGAAAGAUCACUCCAGAGAGCAAAGUGUGCCGAAUUAAAAAUCGAACCACAUCGAUCUACUGAUCAACUGUCUAGUUCCAACAUUACGUGGGUUGUAUUAAGAGAAUCUCAUAUAGCAAUGGUUGAUAAUCCUAAUGAAGAAAGAGGGGCGCAUUCGCAACCUAGGAUCGAACCAACUGAUCAAUCUAAUAAUCAACUGUCUAGUUCCAACAUUACGUGGGUUGUAUUAAAAGAAUCUCAUGUGACAACGGUUGAUGAUCCUAAUGAAGAAAGAGGAGCGCAAUCGCAACCGAGAACCGAACCAACUAAUCAAUCUAAUAGACAAUGGUUUUAUUCAAACGAGAAAUGGAUACAAUUAAAAGAAUCCAAUGUAGCACCGAUGGAUGAUGGUGGCGAAAAACAAGCAUCGCCAAUAUUAUUAGAGAACGAACCAGUUUAUCGAUCUGAUGCACGAUUCUUUUCAACUAGCAAUAAAACGAAAGAAUCUGAUAUAAGAAUGAGAGAUGACAACGAAACAAGACAAAUACAAAGAACACAUUGGAACGAAUCAAAUCAACAAUUUGCUAAUAAUAAAGUACGAUCAGUUUAUCCCGGCGAAAGAUGGAUUAGAUUAAGAGAAACUGAUAGAUCAACGAGCGAUGAUAGUGGAGAAGAAAGAAGAAUCCGCGCCAUACAGAGGAACGAACUAUUAUUUCAAUCUGAUGUAGCAGUGUUCCAUUCCCCCAAUAAACGGAUUAAAUUAAGAGAUUUAGAAGAACAAGAUUCAUCAAUAUUGAAGGAUAAUGUAAGAGAAAGAAAAACAUCACAAGAAUUGAAAAUUCAUCCAGCCCUGCUUAGUGGUGUAAAACCGUUUCAACCAUCCGAUAACUGGAUUGAAUUAAGUGAAACCGAUGUAAGGACAGGGGAUUCUUCAGAAUCGAACGAACAUAUCAGAGAAGUAAGAGGAACAUUCAGAAUCGACCCAUCCUCGUAUACUAAUGCACAACGCACCGAUAAAUGUGUUAAAUAUAAAGAAUCUAUUGUAAAAACGAGCGACGAUAGUUCCGAAGAGAAAACAACGUCCACAGCAUCAAGAACAGAAUCAAUUUAUUACUCUGAUGAUUCAUGCGUUUCCGAAGCAUGGCUUACAAUAAGAGCACCCGAUGGAUCGAUAGAAGCAAUUCCUAUGGAUUCGGCCCAUAUUGUAACUGAAAAAGUUCAAAGAGUACCAAAGAAAAAUUUAUCUACUCGAACUACUGUACAACCGUAUUACCCUGAAUCAUGGCUUAGGAUAAAAGAAUCUCUUAUAAGGGAAAAAAAAGAAUCAAGAAGGUCCUUAUCAAGCCCACCUCAUGUACAAUCGUAUCACCCGGUACCACAGCCUAGAACAAGAAAGUCUAUUAUAAGGGAACCAGAUGUAUUUAUGAAACCGGCCGAUAGUGAUAUUAGACCAGCACCAAGGGUUUUACCAAGGUUAUCUCGUGAUUCUCCUGCGAGAACAAUCGAUAGUGAUAUAGAAGUAAGACCAGGACCUUCAUCAGCAAGAAAAUUAGUGAGCCCACCUAGUGUACAACCGUACUAUCCGGAUUCGUGGAUUAGAAUAAGAGAAUCUCCUGCUAGGAAUAGAGGAAUUAGAAGGACCGAAAGUGAAAUCGAAGUAAAACCAGCACGAAGGCUCUUACCAAACCUACCUGAUGUACAAUCAUAUUAUCCGGAAUCGUGGACUAGAAUGAUGGAACCUUCUAUAAGAGAAAGAAAUAUAAGAUCGUCUAUAAAUGAAUCCGAAAUAAGAUCAUCGCCGCGGAACUUAUCAACUCAACAUCGUGUACUUUUCUCGGAUAAACAAGUUAGAAUAAGAGAACCUGAUAUAAGGGAAAGAUCACCUAUGAGACAAACUAGUAGUUCUACUGACUCAAGAUCAUCGACGAGGGCCGAAGCAGGCCGACAUGAUGUACGUUUCAAUAGAAGAAGGGAGACCGAUAUAAGAGAAGAUGAUCAUUAUGUAAGAACAGAUUAUCGUUCGCAACAAUUCACGGAACAAAUUUUCGCCGAGGAAGAACAUUUAAGAAGAUUAAAUAUAUUGAGAGCCCAGGAGACCGAAAUGUUUUUAUUAGAAACCGAACUUCUAGAAAAUCAAAUUCAUAUUCAACGAAUGGAAAGCAAUCUCGAAACGAUACAAAUGCGAAAACGAGUUGCUUUGAGCGAAUAUAAAAUGGCGGAACUGAAGGAGAUGAUGGUCGAGAUGAAUAUAUCAGAUUACAAAAGUCAAGCAAGAAUGACUGGCGACCCUGGUUCUGGUGCAAACAGAGGCACUGGCGGUGCUGGUUCUAUCCGAGCAGCAGGAGGGGCUUUUGGACAAAUGGAAAUUGCUCAUGAAGAACAAUUCUUUUAUAAUCAGCAAAGGGAACAGAUAAGAAAGCUGAGAGAAGGUAUUCGCGACGAAAUUGCUUUCCAUGAGGAACAAAUCCGCCGUCAUCAAGAAGCUAUUGAACGUCAUAAUGCAAGAAUGACUGAAAUACAUAAUCCUCCUGAAGAACAAUAAAUAUAUUGUCCGUCUAUAUUUACAAGAUUUAUAAAGGGAUGCAGCUAAUAUUACAUCAUGUAUAGAUUUAUGUAUAUAAAUAUAUACUUAUAUUUUUAUACAUAAUGUAUAUAAUUAUGUAUGAAAUAUACAUAACUAUAUACAUAAUGUAUAUAAUUAUAUAUAUACAUAUAUAUAAGUAUAUAUUUAUAAAUGAUGUUAAGAUUUAGUAUGAUCACUAGAACAUCAAGAAUUUUCUUCUUUUUUCUAUGCCAGAUUCAAUAGUUUUUAUUAAUUAUUUUUAAUGAACUUGGCUUUAUCAAUAAUUAUUGAAUAUUAAGAGAAAUCAUCUCGGCAGUAUGUUACCAAUAGUUAACAGAUUUGUCUGAAAAAAAUUGCUAUAUUUAAUAGAUUUAUAUAUAUUUUCAAAUAAUACGCUAAUAUAUUCAAUUUUCAAACAAUAAUGUAACAGACACAGUAAUUAUUUGAAAUAAAAGCCAUUAUAACGCAGAAUGUUUUUUAAUAUUUGAAAUUUAUCCAAAAUGGAAAACGAUUGUUAAAUCGAUAUAAUAAAUUUCAUUUGUUUCUGAAAGAUUAAUAAGUUCAAAGUUGAUAAUAAACGAACAUAGAUUUCUUUGAUACCUCAAAUAUAAUUAUUUAUGGUCUAUUGUAUUUUAAAUCUGAAGUUCGAAGUAAAAUAAUCAAUUUAAUUAAUUUAAUAUGUUUCGUUACAUUGGUAAAGUAAUAAGUCCACCAAUUUAUAGGUAAUUAAUAAUUUGUCUAAUGAAUAUAUUUAAUGAUUGGAAUCGAUAAUAUAUUAAGGUUAGAAAAAAAAAAUUGCUUUUACAACAUCAGUGAAAUAAUAUUUGUUUGCCAAUUAUAGAUAUUUUAAUACAGAAAACAAUGCUUUAUAUAAGAAUAAUAAAUUGUUGGAUGAAAAUGUAGCAUACGAAACAGAAUAUUAUUACAAAAAGGUAAACGACAAUAUCGUAUGAUUAACGACGCUUUUAAACAUUUCUUUCCCGCGGCCAUUAUAAUAGAUAAUAUCGAGAGAGAACAUUAUAUAAUCUUUUUAUCGAUUAUUCAGGAUAAAGAAUUAUUAGAGAUAAUCAAACGAAAAACGCAAAACGAAGUUAAAAACUUGCAAAAGGAGGUUAACAUAAUGCGUAAUAAAAUCGAAGAAUACAAUCGAGAUAUCAAUGAAAAUCUUAGAUUUUUACAAAACUUAGAAAAAAAUACGACGUCAUGUAAGAAGGAAGAUACUUAAAAAUUCUUAUUUAAAAAAAAAAUAAUUGAAUUUCAUUACAUAUAUACAUAUAUAUUUGUUUUUUGAAAGAUUGAAAUAAAAAAAAAAAAAAACUCUUUGAAUUUACCGCUCUACUAUGACCGACAGUUUCGUAGCUUCGAUCAAAGACCGCGAUGGCGCUACGAUCUCAUGGAACGCGAAGAAUAGAACUAACGCGAGCCACGUGAUGGCGUACCAAUCGUUAAAAAUGGCGAUCACCGGAGAACGAUGAAAGCGGAUCGAUCGUCGCGCCCUCAGUGUCUCGCGAUUCAUCGAUCAGUGUGGUGUGUGUCGCGUUGUUGCUCCCUUCGGCUUUUCGUAGCUUCCUUUUUCUGGCUGCGACUUACGCGGCGGCUCCAAAUCGUACUUUAUUCGCCCUCGUGAAAACGGCGUUACAGCUGCAGGCUCGACAGGAGCCUACCUGAAAACACAUAGAAAAAAUGAGACGAAGGAUAUUGUGGAUUCUGGUUAGCACGGCCGUCAUUCUCACGGAAUGCAACGCCGCUACGGAG